CAGCCAGAACUGGGCGGCGGGACACUCUCGGGCCUCGGCCCCCGGCGCUCAACUAGGGAGCGAGCGGGCGGGCGGGCAGACGCCGGCGGGCCAUGCGGGUUUGCCUGCAAUGAGAUUUCUCUCCCUCCACUUGAAGGCCCCCAUUGCUGAGCUGCUGUGAAUGGGUUUGGUAUGAUCCUGUGCCUGCCCGUCGGAUGGAGAAGUAGCUGACCUGGCCUCAGGGUUGCUGUGCCAGACGACUGCAGAGCCUUCUCACAAUGUCCUCAAGCAGGAGUCAGAAUCCCCAUGGACUCAAGCAGAUUGGCCUGGACCAGAUCUGGGACGACCUCCGCGCUGGCAUCCAGCAGGUCUACACCAGGCAGAGCAUGGCCAAGUCCAGAUACAUGGAGCUCUACACCCAUGUCUACAACUAUUGCACUAGCGUCCACCAGUCUAGCCAAGCUCGAGGGGCCGGUGUCCCUCCCUCCAAGUCGAAGAAGGGCCAGACUCCCGGGGGAGCUCAGUUCGUGGGCUUGGAGUUGUACAAGCGGCUUAAAGAGUUUUUGAAGAAUUAUUUGACAAAUCUUCUCAAGGAUGGAGAAGACCUGAUGGACGAGAGUGUCCUCAAGUUCUACACGCAGCAGUGGGAGGACUAUCGGUUCUCCAGCAAAGUCCUCAAUGGAAUCUGCGCCUACCUCAAUAGACACUGGGUGCGCCGCGAGUGUGACGAGGGCCGCAAAGGCAUCUACGAGAUCUACUCGCUUGCAUUGGUGACUUGGAGAGAUUGUCUGUUCCGGCCGCUGAAUAAACAGGUUACGAAUGCUGUCUUAAAGCUGAUAGAGAAGGAAAGAAAUGGCGAGACCAUCAAUACCAGACUGAUUAGCGGCGUGGUGCAGUCCUAUGUGGAACUGGGUCUGAAUGAAGAUGACGCCUUUGCCAAGGGCCCCACGUUAACGGUCUAUAAAGAAUCCUUUGAGUCACAGUUUUUGGCUGAUACUGAGAGAUUUUAUACCAGGGAGAGCACGGAGUUCUUGCAGCAGAACCCAGUUACGGAGUACAUGAAAAAGGCCGAGGCCCGUCUGCUGGAGGAGCAGCGGCGGGUUCAGGUAUACCUGCACGAGAGUACGCAGGAUGAACUGGCCCGGAAAUGUGAGCAGGUGCUCAUCGAGAAGCACCUGGAAAUUUUCCACACUGAGUUUCAGAACCUUCUGGACGCAGACAAGAAUGAAGAUUUGGGCCGCAUGUAUAAUCUCGUGUCCAGAAUCCAGGAUGGCCUGGGUGAGCUGAAAAAACUUCUGGAGACACACAUUCAUAAUCAAGGCCUUGCUGCCAUUGAGAAGUGUGGGGAAGCUGCUUUAAAUGAUCCCAAAAUGUACGUGCAGACUGUGUUGGAUGUCCAUAAGAAAUAUAACGCCCUGGUCAUGUCAGCCUUUAACAAUGAUGCUGGCUUUGUGGCGGCCCUGGACAAGGCUUGCGGGCGCUUUAUCAACAACAAUGCGAUUACCAAGAUGGCCCAAUCGUCCAGCAAGUCGCCUGAGCUGCUGGCCCGGUACUGUGACUCCUUGUUGAAGAAAAGUUCCAAGAAUCCAGAAGAAGCCGAACUGGAGGAUACACUCAAUCAAGUGAUGGUGGUCUUCAAGUACAUAGAGGAUAAAGACGUGUUCCAGAAAUUCUACGCCAAGAUGCUGGCCAAAAGGCUUGUGCAUCAGAAUAGUGCAAGUGACGAUGCUGAAGCAAGCAUGAUCUCGAAGCUCAAGCAAGCUUGUGGUUUCGAGUAUACCUCCAAACUUCAGCGGAUGUUCCAAGACAUUGGCGUAAGCAAAGAUUUGAACGAGCAAUUCAAAAAGCACCUGAGCAAUUCUGAGCCACUGGACCUGGAUUUCAGUAUCCAAGUCCUGAGUUCAGGGUCAUGGCCCUUUCAGCAGUCCUGCACCUUCGCUUUGCCAUCAGAGCUGGAGCGGAGUUACCAGCGCUUCACAGCUUUCUAUGCCAGUCGGCAUAGUGGCCGGAAGCUGACAUGGCUCUACCAGCUAUCCAAGGGGGAACUGGUCACCAACUGCUUCAAGAACAGAUACACUUUGCAGGCAUCCACCUUCCAGAUGGCCAUCUUGCUCCAGUACAACACGGAGGACGCCUACGCAGUGCAGCAGCUCACGGACAGCACCCAGAUCAAAAUGGACAUUUUGGCCCAGGUCCUGCAGAUUCUACUGAAGUCCAAGCUGCUGGUCCUAGAAGACGAGAACGCAAAUGUGGACGAGGUGGAGUUGAAGCCAGAUACUUUAAUAAAAUUGUAUCUGGGUUAUAAAAAUAAAAAGUUAAGGGUGAACAUCAACGUGCCGAUGAAAACAGAGCAGAAGCAGGAGCAGGAGACCACACACAAGAACAUUGAGGAGGACCGAAAACUGCUCAUUCAGGCUGCAAUUGUGCGGAUCAUGAAGAUGAGGAAGGUUCUGAAGCACCAACAACUCCUGGGAGAAGUGCUCACUCAGCUGUCAUCCCGGUUCAAACCGAGGGUCCCUGUGAUUAAGAAAUGCAUUGACAUUCUGAUUGAGAAGGAGUAUUUGGAGCGAGUGGACGGGGAGAAGGACACCUACAGUUACUUGGCUUAGGCCUUCCAGAACAUUCUGACUGGUCCAGACAGAAAGGAGACAACUCGAGUUCAUUCAUAGCAGCCCGGCCUGGGCCCGGGGCCGUCCUAGCAAGACUGAGGGCCCGGGUGUGCGGACCAAGCCCCAUGUACAUAGACCGUUCACCUGCUCGGAUCCGUGCCAGCAGCUGGGCCUGGGCCCACAGGGCUGCAUGUGGCUGCAUCUCAACCCACCCGUCGGCCCUGUGUGAGCACGCACGGCUGAGUGGACCCAUGUGUAACCUGCUAUGAGAAACCAUUUGUAUAGUGUGUUUCAUUUUUUAAUGUGUGAAAAUAAAGGAAAUUAAAGAAUUUCUGUACAAGUCGCAUUUGGUUUUAAGUUUUACUAAUUUCUAUAUGUAAAUAAAAGCUCUAAAGAUUA